UAUUUUUUUUUUAAUUUUUUUAGUUUUUAAUUUUAUAUUUAAAUAAUAAUUUAUUAUAUAUAAAAACAAGGGCAUAAGAGUCUUUUGCCACUUAAUGAAGAGUGUAUUUUUGAAAAUGUCUCAUUAGUGGUGGUAAAAAUGAAAAAUGGUAACACGAAAGUGGUAAACAUGUAAUUUCCCCUAAGAUAUUUCCUCAGCUCUAGAGUUUUGUAUCUCCACUAUAUAUUGUUCCUCAGCUCUAAGGAAAUUUUAUUAUACAUUAUCAUAAAAUUUUGAUUCAUAAAAAAAUAAAAAUAUAUUUAUGCGGAUAUCCGGAUCAUAUUCUAAAAAUAUAGAUGAUACAAUAUAUUGACGGUUUACAAGAUAAAAUAAACUACUCAAUAUAAACUAUAAAAUUAGUAUGUUCAGAAAUGUUAAAAUAAACAAUUAUUUAAACGGAUAAAUUUUAAAAUAUAUAUAUUAUCACCUAUACAAAUAAUAUUUAUUUAUACAGAAAUAAAAGCAAACAUCUGUGCGGGUGCGCAAGUCAAGCUCUAGUUCAUUAUUAAUGUUCUUCAUUCUUACCUUAAAUAAAAAUUACAAAAUUGCUUAAUAUGGCAAAAAUAUAAAUGAAAAUUAAUAAUUUUGAAUAAGAAAUAUUUGAUAAAAAUUAGUAGAACAUCUAUCAUAUUUGUUUAAAUUUAAAUUAAUAAAAUAAAUUAAACAACCAAAUUAACCAUAUAAUAUAAUUUCAGAUUUUUCUGCAUAUAUUUUGAUUUUUUUUAAACGACUAUAAAUUACUAAAAUUGUUAAAAGUCUCACAUUCAAAUUUUGUGUUACAUGAUUUAAAUUUUUAUUAUUAUGAUAAGAUACAAAUGAUUUCAAAAUCAUAUAAGUAGGAAGUAUCGUUUAAUAAACAUUAAGAUUAAAGUAUGCAUAUAUUAAUUUCGUUUAAAUUAAACAAUAAGCCAUAUAAAAUACAUAAAUAUUUUAAUUUCGAUGCUUUGAACCACAAAAAGUUAUUAUAAAAGCUUUGAACAAAUAUAGACAACUUAAUAUUAAAUUUUACAUUUUGCAUUGAAUUUUUUAAAAAGUUAUAAAUUACUAAAACUAUUAAUCCCAAAAUAAAAGUUUUGUUAUCAAUGAUUUAAAAUUUUGUUAUAAGAAUAUAGAAAUGAUCAAAAAACCUUAUGAUUAGAAAUCAUCACUUAAUAUAUAUUAAUAUUAAAAAUACACUAUAUAUACAUUAAUAUCAUUUAAAUUUAAUUAUAUACCAUAUAAAAUAAAAAAGGUAAUUGUUUAGAUUAAGAAAAAAAUUGGGUGUUCACAUCAAUUUAAUUAUAUACGUAAUAGUUACUGAUUUCUUAAUUAAUUAAUAUAUUUGUUAUUUCAUAUAUGUAAAAACAUAUAGUACAUAAAAUAUAUAUAUAUAUAUAUAUAAGAAAUAUUCAUUUCUGCGCAAGGCGCAGAUACAAAACCUAAUACUUAUAUGUAAUACUUGUAAAUAAGUAGUUAGAUCACCCAAUUUGGUUUAAAGAAUCAAUAUGAGUUUGUAUUGUUGAUGACAAAAAAAGAGUAGUUAAUUAAACACUUAUAUAUAUAGCGAACAUUGUACACACAUUAUCUUUAAUGAAGAUAUUUUCAUUUUACUCUCUAUGCUAAUAAAUUCCCUUUUCUUUCGUCAAAUCCAAUGUAAUCUUUUUUUUUAAUGAAACAUCUACUGUAAUCUAAUUUGUAUAAUAUGUGGCAAUAGGGAUUAAACAAAGAGAACUACAGUGAAACCUCUAUGAAUAAUGUUAGGAUUACAUCAAAACUAUAAUUUUUUAUUAAUUUAUAGAGAUAUUAAUUUAUCGAUAUACUAAUUGAACCAAAAACUCAAUUUGAGACUAUAAAAAUUAUAUUAUUUUAUAGAGAUUUUUAGUGUAUAUUAAUUUAUAAAGUAUUUAUUUAAAAAGGUUAUAUUGUAGUGUGGUUUUGGAUAAAUUUUCUAAACUAUAAGCUUUUUGUAUGUUUGUUUGUGGAAGUCAAGAACAUAUUCUACAUACAAAGUCAAUCAUUAAUAUUGAUUAUCUUCUCUUCUGCAGAAUUAAGUGAAAACAACUUACAUAUAGAUCCAAUUAACUCCUUUCACAUAGUAACGAAAAAUCUUGACCAAUACCAAGUCAAAGUCAAUGUUGUCUCUUAUCCUUAUAUACAUCUUCCAACACAACUCAUUUUAUCAAUAAAAGCAUAGUCUUCCAUUGUUCUAUGUACAUACAUUCACCUCAGGAGCUAGUUCUUCUCUCCUUAAUAUUCUCAAGAAAAUGCCUAUUGGUGAAGUUAUUGUAGGGGCUGCACUUGGAAUUACUCUGCAAGUGCUUCAUGAAGCUAUCAUAAAAGCAAAAGAUAGAUCUUCAACCAAAAAAUGUAUCUUGGACCGCCUCGAUGCUACAAUCUCCAGGAUCACUCCGUUGGUGGUUCAUGUCGAUAAGAUCAGCAAAAGAGUAGAAGAUUCUGAGAGGAAAGUCAUUGAAGAACUCAAGCGUCUUCUUGAAAAGGCUGUUUCUCUUGUUGAGGCUUAUGCAGAACUCAGACGCAGAAACCUACACAAGAAGCAUAGGUGCAAGAGUAGAAUCAAAGAGUUAGAAGCUUCAUUAAGAUGGAUGGUAGAUGUGGAUGUUCAAGUCAACCAAUGGCUAGAUAUCAAAAAACUCGUGGCUAAGAUGUCUGAAAUGAACACAAAACUCGACAAGAUCACGUGCCAACCUGAUGGUAGUUGUUUCAAGAGCAAUGAUAGCACAUCACCAGUGUUUUCACAAAGUAGUAGUCUCGAAGCAACAGACGGAUCUUCAGAGGAAGAUGAAGAAGAAAGCCCAAGUAAUGGAUCCGAACCAAGGAUCGAUAUCCACCUGCCAAGUGAUUGCUUAAGCAACAAACGACCUUCUCAUUGCCAACAAUUCAGAAACUUAUGUUUCUUCGUUUAUCACUCAACGUUCUUCUUGUUUCAAGCUCCGAGAUAUUGGACACCAAGAUACCUUGGAAUUGAAAUUGCUCGCUCUGCUUCUGGGAUUUCUAUAUGUCAACACAAGUAUACACUUGACCUUCUUACUGAUGCUGGAUUGCUUGAUUGUCAUCCUUCAUCUGUUCUAGUGGAUCUCAGCAUCAAGCUUUCCUCUGAAGAUGGUGAGCUCAUUUCUAACGCUGAAGUUUAUAGACAUUUGAUUGGAAAAUUGAUCUUCACGAUUCCUCAUAUUAAAGCUGCACACAAGGUUCUGCAUUAUCUCAAAGAAACCAUAGGACAAGCUCUCUUUUACCCUGUUGAUGAUGAUUUUCAGGUCAAUGCAUUAUGUGAUUCAGAUUGGUCACAGUGCCCAGAUUCUUGA